AUUCAAGUUGGAAGUUGGAUAAGUAUUGGAGGAAUCAGACCAUAAAGGAAAUUUUGUGCUUAGCGACGAAGAAUUCAAUUUCUUUGCAAAGAAACGAGAGUUUGAACGAUAAAAGACGUGGAAAAAGAGAAGGAUGUCAGUAAAAUGCUCAAGAAAGGAAUUCCAGUAAUAAAGAAAGCAGCUGAAAGGUACUAAGAAAGAGGUUGAAACAAUAGAAGAAACCACGCAAAGAAUUAGGAACAAGUAGAAAGCUAGGAAUGAUUAAAUCAAAGAAUUCGAAUAAUUAAACCGGAUUGGAGUUUCAGAUACUUCAGGGAUCAAUAAUACAAACGCUCGAAGAAAAGGAUUGCAACGAUGAAAAAUAAGGCCAGUCACCUUGGAAGAAAUACAGGAGAAACACCACAGCAAUGGAAACAGCCGGAAGUUCUGGAUCCUUAUCUUUUCUCUGGUUCCUCUGAGUUCACUCGUUCAGACCCCUCGAACUUUGACGCUUGACCAAUUUUACGACCUCGUUGUAUCUGUAGAGGCUGCUAUACUGUGUCUACGUUCUAACGGUCAUCUAAUAGAGUAAUUACGUUGCUUGUGCGAGAUUUAUGUGUACAGUUAAGGUGGCAUUUUGCUCGAAACUUCAACGCACCGAAGUAAACCCUCGCCGGAGAAGGAAACGAAACACCUGCAAUCGUACUUCUGUGACGAAAGUUGUCCGCGCUUCCAUCAUUGAACAUCGGGAAUUCAUUCGCGGCUCGUACGAAAUUGGUGGCGAAAGUUGUUGACAUUAUCCGGGGUACGAGUACGGACAGUUACGGUCUCGACUAUGGCCAACGUUUAUUCAUUAUUCAUGACGGGAACUUUUCAAGCAAGAAAGUUCAACGGCGAGAUAUCCAUUGCAGGGAUUGGCUCGUGGAAGGUGUCGGUGAUUGUUGGUGAAAAUUAAACGGACCGACAAUAUGAGAAACUCAACGUUACUGAAGUGGGCGCAGAACUCGGCGAACAGUAAAAAUCAAACCAACAAGAAUGGGACGAAUAGGAACUGGAUACACCCACCAGAUUCGCUCCAAAAAGGCCACAUCGCCUACUUAGUUAAGUACUUGGGCAGCACAGAAGUGGAUCAACCCAAAGGCAUCGAGGUUGUUAAAGAAGCCAUUUGUAAGCUCAAAUUCAAUCAACAGUUGAGGAAAAGCGAAGGUACGAAGACUCCUAAGGUAGAACUCACCAUAAGUAUCGAUGGAGUUGCAAUUCAGGAGCCUAAAACGAAAACAUCACCAAAACGGAUUAUGCAUCAAUAUCCACUGCAUAGAAUAUCAUAUUGUGCUGACGACAAAGGAGAGAAAAAAUUCUUUAGCUUUAUCGCGAAAGAGGAAGACGCCGAGAGACAUACAUGCUUCGUCUUCGUUAGCGAUAAAUUAGCUGAAGAGAUCACAUUAACGAUCGGUCAAGCCUUCGAUUUAGCGUACAGGCGGUUCUUAGAAACAUCUGGAAAAGAUUUGGAAACACAAAGGCGCUGCAUGGUAUUACAGCAAAAAAUUAAACGAUUAGAACAUGAGAAUAAUGUAUAUCGUCAACGGCUUCAAGAUAUAGCUGCUAUCAAAGGAUCGGCUGACGUGUCUGCAUAUUUGUCGCAACACAAUCUUCCGGAUAUCCUGCACGUGCCUGGCGCCACAAAUGACACAGCACAAGUAAAUGGAUUGGGAAGUAAAUCUUCACUUAGUAUAAACAGCGAUAGUAAUGGGAAUACCUCAAAUGGAUCACAACCACCUCCAGUUCCUCCAAGAAGUUUUGAAAAAACAUUCGACGAUAAUUUUAUGGGAAAUGAGCCUACACCGACGCCAUCAGUUGGUACCAAAUUAGAAGGACUUUUGAUGGACGAGUUCGAGGAGGAUUUUAACCCUAGAGCAUACGAGAGUGCAGCCAAUGGUUUGACAAAUCAUCAAACGAAUCAUAAUAGUCUUUUAAAUGGUCAAGUAUCCUCGAAUUCCAACUUCUUCUCACAAAGUAAUGGUACCACAAGUCCUCCACCAUUAUUGGCGCCACCACCAAAAGCAAAGGAUUCUAGACGUCAAAAUGGGAUGAAAGAAGAUUUAUUUGGUAGCAUUCCCUUCAAUCCUGCACCAUCCGUAAACACAAAGAAUGAAUUCAAUGAUCCAUUUGAAAUGGGUGAAUUCGGAGCUACAACAGCGAUUUCUAAUCCUAGCCAACAAGAAUUGGAAAAUGCUAUUGGCCUUUUAGAUAAGAAGCUGCUUGAAAUGAAGGAUGGUUUUAGCAGAGGUUUGUCCAUCGAUACUGAUGAUUUUUCGUUGGAAAGUUUGGAUCCGCUACGAAAUUGAAUCAAACAUUUUUUUUUUUUAAUGGAAAAGGCAAUUGUUCGUAAUCGUAUGUUCGUUGGAGAACAUAAAAGUCCAGAAAAUUAAUAGGCAAAUUAGGAAUAUACAUUUA